AUGCUACCCCUGGAAUGUGAGAUUACAAAGUUGAUCUCGAGGCGACGACCGUUGAUCCAGUACUGGUAUCAUUCUUGUCUUGUAUUCUUACCAUAUUUCGGAAAGAGUUUUGUGAAAUCAAAGCCUAAAAACGCGUUUAUCAUGGCUAUUGCAAUGAAGAGAAUUGUCAUCGUCGGCUGCGGCGCAUAUGGCACUGAAGCCGCCAACAGUUUUUCCAAAAAUUACCAGCAGUACCAAGUGACCGUCAUUAACAACGUCGACUACUACUACAUGUUGCCUGCUACUGUGAGGAACCUGACUGCUCCAGACCCGGAAGAGUGGAUUGAAAAGCUCACCAGACCCCUGAGUGAAAAACUUAACAGCCGUGUGAAGCUGAUCAUUGAUGACGUGGUAGAUAUCAAUUCUGAACGCGUCGAACUGGCCAAUGGCUCUUCUGUUCCGUUUGAUGCUUUGAUAAUCGCAACCGGUGCCCAUUGGAACGCACCCAUUUCACCCCAGCUCUGGGGAGAUAGAACCAUUCAGGGAAUGAAGGAUUACGCAAGAAUGGAGAGUGAUGAACUAGCAAAGGCCAAAGAUGUCGCUGUUGUUGGUGGUGGCUUUGUUGGUGUGGAACUUGCUGGUGAAAUCGCCCAUGCUUACCAGGAUGAGUUGUUGUCCGGGGAAAAGACCCUGACUAUAUACCACGCCUCGUCUAGCUUCUUCUCAAGUCAUUAUGGAAAAAAGUUAAAGCACGGAAUGGAAGACAGUCUGUUGAAAUUGGGUGUCAGAAUCAAAUACGACUGCUAUGUUGAAAGAUCUGCCGAAAGCGGUGCGUUUAUCCGUUCUACCAACGAGGUAGUCGUUGCAGACAAGAUAUACUGGACUACUGGUCCAAGGGCCAACACGCCGCCAAUCUCCAUUGCAAACCUGUUAAACUCCAAAGAAGAAAUCAAAAUAACAGAAACGUUUCAGGCUGCCGGCCAUGCCAAGGGAAACAUCUUCGCUAUUGGCGAUGUCACCGACUAUCCACGUAAGGCGCAUAUGUUGACUGCAACCUUCAUCCCAGUCAUCGUGCCAAAUGUCGACAGCUAUCUCAGGGGAAGACCACUUACCAAAAAGAUCCCGAAAGCAAAGAAGUAUGCCACGGUCGCCGUUUCUGCCGGUCCAGAAGCUGCCUCUGGUCAUAUUGCUAUUCCGGUGUUUGGGUACGUCAUGCUUCCCAAGUUCGUAAUGGUGAGGAUGAAGGCAAAGAACUUAUGGACGGAGCAAGUAUAA